UAGCUGCUUUCCUUUCUCUCUCAUCUGCAAAUUCACUGUGUGCCUGUGUGCUGCUUCCUUCAUUCGAUUCCCUUCCCCUAAUAACCUACAUUCUACUACUUCACUUUUCUCUCUCUCUCUCUCUCAAACCCUCCUAUAACUGUAAUUAAACAAGCUUACUCUCAUUGAUACUCCAACCCAAAAAGGACCUCAAUUUGCUGUUUUUAGCUAAUUGGGUUUCUUGAUUUUCCCUUCUUCCUUCUGAAAAUUGAUCAAAGUACACUCAAAAAGGAGUUGAAUUUGCUGGUUCAGCUAUAUGGCUUCCUUUUUCUUCGUUAAAUUUGCCAUACCCAUUAACGCAUUUACUCUUUACAACCUUUUUUCUACUGAAAAUUGAACAAAAAACACCCACAAAGCAGCUGAAUUUGCUGUUUUUAGCUUAUUGGGUUUCUUGAUUUUUCGUUUUCUUGGUGAAUUGAAGCAGAAUUUUCUGUGUCAGCUAAAUGGGUUUCUUGAUUUUUCUGAUUUUCUUUGUGAAAAUUGAAUAAAAGACACUCAAAAAGGAGCUGAAUUUGUUGUUUUUAGUUAAAUUUGCCAUACCCAUAAAGCCAUAUUCGGUUUACAAUUUUUUUUUUUUAUAUAUAAAUCCUUGUGGGGUUCCUGCAUUUAAUAGACUGUUACGAUAAAUUCCCCAAAUUGCGUUGCAGUUACUUCAGUUUUAGUUCCUUAAAAUUGGGUUUCUUCACUACUUGAAGAAUUCUUCGAGAAUUUGCAUUGGUGAUGAAAUUGGGUGAGUUUUGGAGCUGAAAUUAUUGGUGAAUUUGAUGAAUGGAUGAGAAGAGUUGGAGCUGAAAAUGGUUUUUUUUCAAGAUUGAGGUUUAGUGUAAGCAAUAGUUUUUGGGGUUUAUUCAUUGUUUGAAGAAUUGGUGAUGAAUUUGGGGAGUUGUUUGGAAGGAUUAGUAGUGGAAAGAUUGAAUUUUGGAGCUGAAAAAUGGGUUUUUUUCAAGAUUGAGGUUUAGUGUUAGCAAUAGUUUUUGGGGUUUCUUUACUGUUUGAAGAAAUGGUGAUGAUUUGGGGAGUUUUUUUGGAGUGAUUAGUAGUGGAAAGAUUGAGUUUUGGAGCUGAAAGAAUUGGUUGAAUUUGAUGAAUGAAUGGGAGGAAUUGGAGCUGAAAAUGCUUUUUUUUUUUCAAGAUUGAGGUUUAGUGUUGGCAGUAUUUGUGGGGUUUAUUGGCUUUGAAGAAUUGUUGAUGAAUUUGGGGAAUUUUUUUGGAGUGAUUGGAGCUGAAAGAAUCGGUUGAAUUUGAUGAAUGAAUGGGAGGAAUUGGAGCUGAAAAUGGGUAUUUUCAAGUUUGGGGUUUAGAGGGUUUAGUGUUAUUGAUAGUUUUGGGGUUGUCGUUUUUUUGAUGUUUAUCACUGGUAGAAUGAAUUCAGAUGUCAAUAGAGCUAGUGGACUAGUUGAAAGGGAUAUUGAACAGGCAAUAACUGCUCUAAAAAAGGGGGCGUGUUUGCUGAAGUAUGGAAGAAGGGGAAAACCAAAGUUUUGUCCCUUUCGUCUGGCAAAUGAUGAGUCUGCUCUGAUAUGGUUCUCAGGUAAAGAAGAGAAACACCUUAAGCUAAGUCACGUGUCAAGAAUAAUAUCUGGACAGCGCACUCCAAUAUUUCAAAGGCACUCACGACCUGAGAAGGAGUACCAGUCUUUUUCUCUCAUAUAUAAUGAUAGAUCGCUAGAUUUGAUAUGCAAAGAUAAAGAGGAGGCAGAGGUAUGGUUUAGUGGCUUGAAGGCUUUAAUUUCACGUGGACACCAGCGAAAGUGGAGAACAGACUCAAGGAGCGAUGGAAUUCCUUCUGGUGCCACUAGUCCCAGAACUUAUACGCGGAGAAGCUCUCCUCUGCAUUCUCCUUUUAGUAGCGGUGAUAGUUUACAGAAGGAUGGUGGUGACCAGCUUCGCCUUCAUAGUCCAUAUGGAAGCCCACCUAAAAAUGGUGUGAAUAAGGCCUUUUCUGAUGUUAUUCUAUAUGCUGUACCUCCCAAGGGAUUUUUCCCUUCAGAUUCUGCUAGUGCUUCUAUUCAUUCCUUAUCUUCUGGAGGUUCAAAUGACAUGCAUGGUCAGAUGAAGGCAAUGGGUAUGGAUAACUUUAGAGUAAGUCUUUCAAGUGCUGUUAGCUCAUCGAGUCAAGGUUCUGGUCAUGAUGAUGGUGAUGCAUUAGGAGAUGUUUUCAUGUGGGGGGAAGGGACUGGUGAUGGUGUCCUGGGUGGUGGACCUCAUAGGAUUGACAGUUGUAAUGGUGUCAAAGUAGAUUCUUUAUUGCCCAAAGCUUUAGAAUCUGCAGUUGUACUGGAUGUUCAAAAUUUAGCUUGCAGUGGAAAACACGCAGCACUAGUAACAAAGCAGGGUGAGAUAUUCUCUUGGGGUGAGGAAUCAGGAGGCAGGCUUGGGCAUGGUGUCGAUUCUGAUGUUUCGCAUCCAAAGCUUAUAGAUUUCCUCGGCCAUACAAACAUUGAGCUUGUUGCUUGUGGUGAAAAUCAUUCCUGUGCUGUAACACUUUCUGGUGAAUUGUACACAUGGGGUGCCGGUGAUUUUGGUCUUCUUGGGCAUGGGAAUGAAGUUAGUCAUUGGAUCCCCAAAAGAGUAAAUGGACCCUUAGAGGGCAUACAUGUUUCUUAUAUCUCCUGUGGGCCCUGGCAUACUGCUGUGGUGACCUCUGCUGGCCAAUUAUUUACUUUUGGGGAUGGAACUUUUGGAGUUCUUGGUCAUGGAGAUAGGAAGAGUAUUUCAAAACCUAGGGAAGUGGAAUCUCUGAAGGGGCUUCGAACUGUUCGAGCAGCUUGUGGGGUUUGGCAUACUGCUGCAGUUGUUGAAGUCAUGGUAGGAAAUUCUAGUUCAAGCAAUUGUUCUUCAGGGAAACUUUUUACUUGGGGAGAUGGUGAGAAAGGUCGACUUGGGCACGGUGACAAGGAGUCAAAACUUGUACCUACUUGUGUAGCAGCUCUUGUUGAACCCAACUUUUGCCAGGUUACUUGUGGACAUAGCUUGACAGUUGCUCUAACCACUUCAGGUCAUGUAUAUACAAUGGGAAGUCCUGUAUAUGGCCAAUUAGGUCAUCCUCAAGCUGAUGGAAAGCUUCCUUGUCGCGUUGAAGGAAAACUUUCAAAGAGCUUUGUGGAGGAGAUAGCAUGUGGUGCUUACCAUGUUGCUUUAUUGACUUCCCGAACUGAAGUUUACACAUGGGGAAAGGGAGCAAAUGGAAGAUUAGGUCAUGGUAAUACUGACGACAGAAAUUCUCCCACCUUGGUGGAAGCUUUAAAAGACAAACAAGUCAAAAGCAUUGCUUGUGGCACUAAUUUUACUGCAGCUAUUUGCCUUCAUAAAUGGGCUUCAGGGGUUGACCAAUCCAUGUGUUCUGGCUGCCGUCUUCCUUUUAAUUUUAAAAGGAAGCGCCACAACUGUUAUAACUGUGGUCUUGUUUUUUGUCAUUCGUGUAGCAGCAAGAAAUCGCUGAGAACUUCAAUGGCACCAAAUCCCAAUAAGCCUUAUCGUGUCUGUGAUAAUUGUUGUAAUAAAUUGAAAAAAGCUGUUGAAACUGAUGCUUCAUCUGAGGCUUCCAUGAGUCGAAGAGGAAGCCUGAAUCAGGGGUCAACUGAUGCCAUAGACAAAAGUUCUAAGUUGGAUACAAGGUCUCGACCUCAUCUUACUAGAUUUUCUUCAAUGGAAUCCUUCAAACAAGUUGAAACCCGCUCUUCCAAACAGAAGAAGAAGUUUGAAUUCAACAGCAGUCGUGUGUCACCUAUUCCCAGUAGUACCUUGCAAUUGGGAGCUGUGAAUAGUUCCAAAUCUUCUAAUCAAAUCUUUGCCUCGUCCAAGAAGUUCUUCUCUGCUUCAGUUCCCGGUUCAAGGAUUGUUUCUCGAGCGACAUCACCAACAUCUAGACGACCUAGUCCACCCCGUUCUACUACACCAACUCCAACACUAGGUGGACUUACAUCUCCAAGGAUUGUUGUGGAUGAUGCUAAAAGGACAAACGAAAGUCUUAGUCAAGAGGUUACUAAAUUAAGAGCACAGGUGGAAACUCUUACACGAAAGGCUCAACUUCAAGAAGUAGAACUGGAAGGAACUAGUAAACAGCUGAAGGAGGCAAUAUCAAUUGCGGGGGAGGAGACGGCCAAAUGCAAAGCAGCAAAAGAAGUGAUCAAGUCACUUACUUCUCAGCUGAAGGAAAUGGCUGAAAAGAUGCCGGUAGGUCCUGGCCGAAACAUCAAAUCUCCUAAAUCUGUUUCCUCCGAAUCCAAUAUUACUUCCAGUGAUAUACCUAAUGGCUGUAUUGACCAAGUUCACAGUCAACUUACUUUUCAAGAACUGGAGUCAAGUGUAUCUAACAGCCAGUUGCUUUCUAAUGGAUCGAGCAACGCCAGUAAUCGCAGUGCUGUUCACAAUAGACAAGGGUAUCCAGAGGUAACAACAAAAAAUGGGGCCAGAACAAAAGAAUUUGAUUCUCGUAACGAGAAUGAAUGGGUUGAAGAUGAGCCAGGUGUAUAUAUUACUCUUACCUCCCUACCUGGAGGUGUCAAAGAGCUAGAAAGGGUUCACUUCAGUCGGAAGCGUUUUAGCAAGAAACAAGCAGAAAAAUGGUGGGCGGAGAGCCACGCGAGAGUUUAUGAGCUGUAUAAUGUACGCGUAGUCGACAAGGGAAGCGUUGGCACUGCAAGUGUUGAUUUAGCACAUUGACACAUGCAAAUCACCUUUUGUACAUGAGUUUUCCUUUUUCUUUUUGGUCCUAACUCAACUUCAUGCCCCCUCAGUGAACAUCAUGUUUGAUAUCAUCUCAUAUAGCUUUAGUUUUCACAAAUUUGUAGGGAGGAAUCAAGGGAUGGCAUAGAAGAACGAGGAAUUACAUGUUUGCUUGUAAGUUUUUGCUAGUUUCUUUUUCUUUGUAUAACCAAGAAUCCCGAGGCCUAGUGGUGCACGGUUUGAAAUGCGGUGGAUAAGUCUUGUUCCUCUAUCAUCGUCCACUUGCAUAACAAGCUUUUUUCGGAUAGCCGACACAUCAUGCGCUACGCUCUUAUCAGUAGACCAAAGCCUUGUGGGGGCUUUCUAUUAGUCACAUAUGGCUUGACCUUUCUAUAUUUGAUUUGUUUUUUUCCCCUCCCUAAUUGAUGUGUGGGGAAUAGAGGUAUAGUUUUUGUAGUUGCUCGCCCUUGUUGGGAGAUACUUUCCUUGUAAAUUUUCCCAAGUUUAAUGCAUAUUUGGAUUUCAAAUCUGUA